UCCUCCCCCCGAUGGGAUAACACCGACCAUGACCCGCGCCUGGCGUUACCGAUCCGUUGCUAAGCGACGAGCGGCGAUCAACGAGACCAGCUGAGGAGGACACUCGUCGGUGUGAGACAAGCGGCGGAGGAAGCCCGGAUGCUCCGAGUUGGACCGGUGCCCACUUUCUCCACUCGGAACAUCUUGACUAUCGAGGAGUUUUAUACUGAUAAUACUAAUUAGUAAAAAAAAAGAAGAAAAAGUGAUGGAUUGGUUCGGGUUGCUGGGCCUGGACGAGCUGUCCCACGGACUGGCGAACUUGUCCAUGUUUCCGUACUUUGACGUGGCGCACUACGUCGUGUCCAUCAUGGCUCUGAGGGAGCAGCCAGGUGCCCUGGAGGUCUCCAGAGUCAGCCCCUUAGCCUGCUGGUUCAGCUCCAUGCUCUUCUGUUUUGGCGGCGCCGUGCUGUCUGCCAUCAUGCUGGCCGAGCCCGCGGUCGCACCUUUGUCCAACAGCACCAGUGUUCUGCUCGCUUCGAUCACCUGGUACCUCGUGUUCUAUUGCCCCGUGGACCUGGUGUACUCUUGUGCUGCCCUGCUGCCUCUCAGGCUGGUGCUGUCCGGCAUGAAGGAGGUGACCAGGACGUGGAAGGUGCUUGGCGGGGUCACCCAGGCACACAGCAAAUACAAAGACAGUCUGCUGGUUAUGAUUGCCAUCGGGUGGGCCAAAGGUGCCGGCGGUGGUCUGAUAAGUAACUUUGAGCAGCUUGUCCGAGGUGUAUGGAAACCAGAGACGAAUGAGUUCCUUAAAAUGUCCUACCCCACCAAGAUCACCCUGAUCGGAGCCGUGCUGUUCGCUCUGCAGCAGAGCCACUACCUGCCUGUCCAGACGCACCACCUGAUGCUCGUCUACACCGUCUUCACCGUCGCCAACAAGGCGAGGAUGAUGCUGACGGGCUCCUCCGCCUCACCGUUUGCCGCCAUCGAGUCGGCCGUCUACAAGGCCCUCUUCGCCGGCCACUCGCCUUACGCCGCCCUCGCCGCUGAGGUGAAAAAAGCGCGCAUCGAUCGCGGCGCCACCAACGGGACGAGCGCCACCAAAGCGGCGAUUGGUGGGAACGGCGCGGCCGAGGGACCAAGCGGGUCCCUCAAAGCCAAAGAGGAGUCGGAGAAGAAGGUAAACUAGUCAGCCUCCGACCCCCCCACGGCGCCUCCACGCAGGGUUGCAAAGUCAUUUCUGAUUUCAGAUCACGUCGUUACCUAAACGUUGCAUGUUUUCGUCCCACACGAACAAUAUUUCUCUUUUAUUUGGAAUGCAAUUUAGAUCUGACUGCUGAAAUCCUAGUUGACUCCAACCCGCCCUGCACCUUAUUAUGGGAUAAAUCACCCCGUCCUUAAACUACUGUGAUAUUUAUGCUGUUGGAAGUGAACCUCACGAAUCCUCUGGCUGAUUAGACACUUGUAGUACAAAUCUAAGCUUAGUUUGGAACAUAUAUUUUUAUUUGGUGAAAAGUGUUGAUUGUGUUUUGGGAACAGUGCUGUGCACCUGCUGAUUUAUUGAUAUCUAUCUUUCUUCUGCUUCAUGUAAAUGCUACAUUUUCUAUUCUGAAAUGCUUGAAAACGUUUUGUUAAAGAGAUUAUAUUCUAUAAAACUCAGAUAUUCUAUUCUUUUUAUACUAAACAACUGCACUCGUCAAUAAAUAUUUAAAAAAUAGGAGACAAUUUUUAUUGUAUUCUGUUUCCAUGGUGAAUGCU